GCGCCAGAAGCCGGGCCUGCCGCUGGGUGAGCACCGACACCACCUGCUGGGCUGGUGCACAGUCGCAUGGCCACAGCAGUGCAUGCUCCCAGCGCCAUGUGGUCGCUGAGGGCCACCGCUGCAGUCGCUGGACGAGCUAGGCUGGCUGCCCGGCAGGCGGCCUUCGGCCCCUGCCGCUCCAGGCUCGCGCAUUCGGCCCCACGGGCCUGUGCAGGCAGCGAUCAUAGCAAUGGCAGUGGCGCCAGCCAGCCGUUCACCGUGACCACGCCGCUGUACUAUGUCAACGCCGCGCCGCACAUGGGCAGCGCAUACCCCACCAUCGCCGCCGACGCCCUGGCCCGCUUCCAGCGCCUGCAAGGCCGCCGCGUCACCUUCAUCACCGGCACCGACGAGCACGGCGAAAAGAUUGCGCUGGCGGCGGCGGCCCGCGGCAUGGCCCCCAAGGAGCACUGCGACGACGUCGUGGCCAGCUACAAGCAGCUGUGGCGCGACCUGGACAUUGGUUACGACAGCUUCAUCCGCACCACCGACGCGCGGCACGAGGCGCUGGUGGUGUCUGUGCUGGAGCGCGUGUGGCAGCGCGGCGACAUCUACAAGGCCGACUACGAGGGCCACUACUGCGUGGACUGCGAGGAGUACAAGGACGAGGCCGACAUGGAUGCGGACAAGAACUGCCCGGUGCACCGCAAGCCGUGUGUGGAGCGCAAGGAGGAGAACUACUUCUUUGCCCUCUCCAAGUACCAGGCGCAGCUGGAGGAGCUGUGCAGCAGCCCAGGCACGUGCUUUGUGCAGCCCGAGUCUCGCCGCAACGAGGUGCUGGGGUGGGUGAAGAGCGGGGUGCGCGACUUCUCCAUCUCGCGCGCCGCCGUGGAGUGGGGGAUCCCCAUCCCGCGCGACCCCAAGCAGACCGUGUACGUCUGGUUUGAUGCCCUCAACGGCUACCUGUCAGGCCUGCUGCCCGAGGGCGCCGCCGCCGACGCCUCCCCCGAGGCGCUGGCCGCCGCCGGCUGGCCCGCCUCGCUGCACAUCAUCGGCAAGGAUAUCCUGCGCUUCCACGCCGUCUACUGGCCCGCCAUGCUGCUGUCGGCGGGCCUGCCGCCGCCCGACCGCGUCUACGGCCAUGGCUUCCUCACCAAGGACGGGCUGAAGAUGGGGAAGAGCCUGGGCAAUGUGCUGGAGCCGCGCGCGCUGGUGGGCGCCUACGGCGCAGACGCCGUGCGCUACUACUUCCUCAGGGAGAUUGUGUUUGGACAGGACGGCGACUUUAGCGAGGAGCGCUUCCGCAACAUCGUCAACGCCAGCCUGGCCAACGACGUGGGCAACCUGCUGAACCGCACGCUCAACCUGCUGCGCAAGAACUGCGGCGGCGAGGUGCCGCUGGACGCGGCCGACGUGGCGGCGGACCACCCGCUGCGCGCGCUGGCGGCGGAGAAGGCGCCCGCCGUGGCCGACGCCUUUGCGCGCCUGCGCUUCGACCAGGCCUGCGAGGCGGCGCUGAGCAUCAGCGGGCGGGGCAACCAGUACCUGGAGGAGACGGCGCCGUGGACGGCCUUCAAGAAGGGCAGCGAGGAGCAGCGGGCGGAGGCGGCGGCGGUGCUGGCGGCAGUGCUGGAGGCGGUGCGCGUGGUGGCGGUGCUGCUGUCGCCCGUCACCCCCUCCCUCUCCGCCCGCAUCUACCAGCAGCUGGGCUUCACCCCAGAGCAGCACCAGGCGCUGACCUGGGCGGACACAGAGUGGGGGGCGCUGAAGCAGGGGCACGCCACGCCGCAGCCAGUCCCCGUCAUGCAGCGGCUAGAGGGCGACCUGGUCACGCAGCCUGCUGGAGCGGCAGCUGCAGCAGCAGCCGUGGCAGCCAAGGCGUGAGGCCAAGCGCUGGCAUGCCAACCUUGCUGCUGCGCACUCCACUCCCGAGCAUUGCUCCCCACCCAGCAUUGAUCCCCUUGCUUGAAACCGCGCUCAUGUCUUCCCGCCUAUUUGAUUCCCUUCAAUUGCUUGCUAUGCCAGCCCCCUGCUCAAUUAUUCGUUUUUACAUAAGGAAUUCCAACCCUCCCCGUGGGUGGCGGGCUGCGGGAAACCGAGAGUGAUUCAGCGCAGGAGACUGUAGCAUGAGAUUUGGCAGCCAGCUUUGGUUUUUUUUGAGGUGGCAGCGGGGGAGUUAAGAACAGAGCAG